AUGAGAACAACAAUUUCAACACGUCAUAAAAAAAUUAUUGCACAAAAUAAAUGCAAUUUAAGGACACUUUAUAUUAGUAUGGCUGAAGCAGCUGUACAUGGUUAUCAUCAAUAUGAUGAAAAUGAAAAAAAGAAGUUAGUCAAUCGUAUGAAACAAGAUCCACUUCGACAAGGAUUCGUCGAACAAUUUAUCCAAGCUAUUGAGCAACGCCAAAAACAUAUUCGACAAUAUAUGGAAUAUUUAACAAAACGACGAAUUCAUUUUUUCUACCAUCGCUCCGACGAUCGUCGACAAAAAUGGUAUCGUCGGAGCUAUCAUCUUAAUUUAUAUUGGGAUAUUCUUCCAUCAUCACCUAUUAUUGAAGUUUGUGUAAAAUUAACACCGGAACAAUUGGCAUUACUUUCACGUGACCCAAAAUAUGUACCACCAUGUCAAAGUCGAUUUUAUAAGAAGAAAACUAGGAACAAAAUGAUUCAAGACGAAUAUCAAAAUAUUAUUAGUAAAGUAACAGAAUUUAUUCGUCAACAUUCUUAUUGUAUAUCAGAAAAACGUAUCAACGAAUGUUCUAUUGAUCUUAAAAAUCUUCUUCAACGUUUUUAUACAAAAAAAUUAUCACGAAAAUUAUCGGUAUGUGCUAAACGUGAACAUAAAUUAAUUAUUAGAAUUCGUCGUUAUUUACACAAAUAUCUACAAGUGAUUUUACGACGAACUGAUAAAAGUGAAGUAGUUCAUCUAGGUGAUGCCAAUGAUUAUCAAAGAAAAGUUCUUGAAUAUAUGCAAGAAACGGAAGCUUAUGAAGAAAUUACAUCGGGUAUUUCACCAUUAGCAGCCAAUUUACAACAAGUUAUUUCCUUACUUAAUCGUCUUUACUAUACAGAAAAAUCUUUGAUUACUAAAAAGCAAUAUGAAACCAUGUAUCCAAAAGAAAAUGAAAUUGAAUUAGGUUACCUCUAUUUUCUGCAAAAAACCACAUAA